AUGCAGGCUGCUGCAGCGAAGCAGAUAGCUCCUGGUAAAGCCUACCGCAGUAAUGGACGAAACGUCCGGAAAGAUGAACCUUCUAAUCCUAAGAAAGCAAAUGUGUUCUUCUCUUCCAACGGUUGUAAUGAAGCCAGAUCGGCUUUUCUUGAUGAUGACUGGGAUUCCUUGGCACCAGAUCAAAGAGCUGAUGACACGGAAGUGAGCAGUACUGACACAGUGGACUUCCUGGAGCCAUCUUGUCCUGGGAGCCUGGACGCCAGCAGAGAGUGCACUCACUCACAGUCCAGUGAGUUCGAAGACAGUGCCGACUGUGCUUUCUUGAAUGAAACAUACUCCGUACAUUUUUCCGAGUCAGAACGAAAGAAUGAAAGUCUCACUCACUUAACUUCAGAAUUGGAUUCUGAAAUGCAGAACACAGAAGGAGUGUGUUUUGAUAUUUUGGAGCAUCAAGGUAUUAAGAUUAUUGGCUUGGAAAGAACCUGCAAGAUUUCAGAUGACGAUUAUAAAGAAACUGCCGAAGAUGAGCAGAAGCAUGAGAUCGACGAGGACUCCCAGCAGGAGUAUCAUAGUGCAGAGGAGCAAGAACACAUAAGUGCCCAUGUAUCUUUUGACCAAACGAAAACAUUAAACACACCUGAUCUGCAGGUUAUUGGGUUAAGAAAUUCGGGUUAUAAAGCUGAGUGUGCUAGCCAUCUAGACGGUAAUCGUGUCGAGUUGGCAAGUGAUUCUAGCAUCUUUUUAGAUUCAGUUGAUGUUUAUGGACAAGAAGAUGCACCCCGUGGCUCCAAGUUUCAGAAUUCUGUUGUGUUAAGAGAAUAUCACGAACCAAAGCAUGACAUGUGUAAGGAACAAGAGACUAGUUUAAUGUACCACACGGUAUUUGAUGAAAUUGUACUAGGGAGCAGUCCCCUUGAAAAUCAGGAAUCUCGAUCUAAGAGUAGUUUCUUGAACCCUCAGAAAGCACUAAAAGCUACAACCUAUAUCGGCAAAAUGAAAUGUCAAAUAAUUGAAAGUAAAGAUUUUUGUGGGAAUGAAAUCGUUGAGAACCAAAAGUUGCACCACCUUGGAAAUCCUAGCACAUUACAAGAAGACAGAGCUUUACAGGUGUUACUCCAACCCGGUCAAGAUUGUCAGACUUCCUGGACCUCUGCUGUUGAUGAUUCAGUAAUUUCUCCCUGUGGAUAUUCACAUAGAAGCCUACAAAAUACCCCCAACCCAGCCUUAGAUGUUUCCGUUACUACCCCAAGGAUUACAGCCAGAGAUCAUGAAGCAGUGGAUGAGAUCUCCCUAAAAGUUGCUGAUGACAGCACCACAAAUAACUCGUGUUUUCCCAGCAUAGAAGGAACACGUCCUGAGUUGGUGAUGGAUGCAGCAAGUGACAGAGUCACGGUUCAUCAGACGGUGGACGUUUGCGCUGACUUUAGGGCUUGUUUCACAACCAGCAGGGCAACGAGUGCGAGACCUUCUGUGGUAUCUGCGUCAAGCAAUACAGACAUAACCAUGAUGAACAAAAGGCGGCCUGGGGAGUGGCAGGGUGAGAGACACAGAAGUGUGGCCUGUAAUACAGAUGGGCCACACAGCCAAGAUCAUGAAGACACGCCAGUGACGAUGAGCAGAGGACCACUGGGGAACUCUCUCUCAGUUGACAGUUCAGAGCCUAAUGGAAAUCUCCUAAACAAGGAUUCCCUGGAAUUAAGAAAAACAUCUGCUAUCACAGACUUAAAGAAACAUCCUGAAAGGGAAUCUCCGCCUUGUCAAGAGGCGGGGAGGGGUUUGGCCUCCCGGUGCUGUGAGGACGCGAGGCGAAGAGCCGCGAGGGCAGAGCUGCACCUCCUACACCUUCACUACCAGAUGUGUCAGCGCCACUGCAGUGACAUUUACAAGCUUGUCACGGAAAACAGGGAGGGGUUCAGCAGGAACCUAUGGAGUAAUUGUGCUAAGAAGCAAUUAGGAUCAGCACUACUGUCUGUUUCGGGAGACUUGAAGGUUAGGUACGAGAUCUUGAAGGACGGAAUACACAAGGGCAGGCCUCUGGAGGAGCUGCCCCCGCUGUCUGUGGAAUCGAAGUUACUAUCGACCUUUUCUACUUUGGCUUUCACGCUAAUGAAAGAGGAAUCACACGUCUUUUCAGGAGCAGAUUCUGAACUAGAUAAUCAAAAUACAUGUGAUGUUGACGUCCCUUCACGCCUAAAAAAGACUCCGUCUCAAAUAUCCUUACUAUCUGGCGAUAGUCCUCCUAAACAGGAUACUUUACCCAAGGAAGAUGGCUUUAAAAAUGGUGACAUAGAUAUAGACUUUAGUCAGCUGAAACUUGAUGAAAAAGGCUGCAAAAAUUACCGAGAAGUAAGUGAAGACUGGUUUGAUGCUAAAGAAAACCUGACAGGAGCUGACUUGUCAGGAAUACAAGAAAAUCAAAUAGAGAAGGACAAAGGGGAUCCAAAGUUUACACAAGAAAUGAAAAAUACUGAACCUUUACGAAAAGAGAAAGGUUAUUUGAUACAUGUUGGUGGUCUCUGCCCUUCAGUCUCUGAGGCUGACUUAAGGUCUCAUUUCCGGAAAUACCAAGUUUCUGAAAUUGCAAUCUAUGAUUCAACCAAUUACAGGUAUGCAUCCCUUGCUUUUAAAAAAAGCAUUGAUGCGAAGAUGGCCGUGAAAGAAAUGAAUGGGAUAGAAAUAAAUGGGAAAUCAGUAAAUGUGCGUCUUGUGAAAACUCCUGGAGAAUAUACAUCAUCUCUUUCCUACAAAAAUGGAAUGGAGAGAAGCACCAGCAAGGAAAUUAGCUCAGCCUCCUCUGUUUCGAGAUUGCCCAGAACUAGGCCAAGGCAGCUGGGAUCUGAGCAAGACAGUGAGGGUGUCAAGAAGAAUUGUAAACAGAUUGAAUCUCCUAAAUUAUUACCUGAUACUCCUAUUCGAUUCAUACCUCCAAAUACGUUGAAUCUGCGUAGCUUUACCAAAAUCAUGAAGAGACUGGCUGAACUACAUCCAGAAGUUAGCAGAGACCAUAUUAUAGAUGCUCUUCAGGAAGUAAGAGUAAAUCAUAAAGGUUUUCUGAAUGGCUUAUCUAUUAAUACUAUUGUGGAAAUGACUUCAUCUGUUUUGAAAAACUCUGAUUCCAGUUAG